CCCAGCGGUCCGGGUUUGCGCUGAAGUUGGGGAGCCGUGAGGAUCCCCCCGUGGGUGUCGCGCCCCGGCCUCUGCCGCACCUCGGGCCGGCAAGCCACGUGUGCCCGCCUCCGACCCUCGGCAGAAGCGUCCUAGGCCAGGAGCUGAAGUUCUGCGGCACCGGCGUCCGCCCCGGGACGGUCCUUUCCGCUGCAACUUUCUCUGGAUAGAGGCCUCCUCUUUGGUGCUGAAGUCACGACCCCAUCGAUUUCUCCUUCCUCCCACACCUCCCGCUCUCCUUCAGCCUGAGGGAACCCGAGGCGCAGAGGGCUGAGAAUGAGGCGAUAGUGGAGGAUGAAGACAUAGUCUUGGAGCCCCGAGGACAAUGAAGCCGACGCCCCUGCUGCCGCUGGCGCUGCUUCUUGUCCUGCCCAGGAGCCUGAGGGGGAAAGGGUGUCCUUCUCCGCCCUGCAAAUGCCACCAGGAGGACGACUUCAGAGUCACCUGCAAGGAUAUCCACCGCAUCCCCAGCUUACCGCCCAGUACGCAGACACUGAGUCCUUUAUCUACCUUGGGUAUUAAUGCUUUGGUAUACAAUUGGAAGUUUAUAGAGACUCAUCUGAAAACCAUUCCCAGUCAUGCAUUUUCAAAUCUGCCCAAUAUUUCCAGGAUCUACUUGUCAAUAGAUGCAACUCUGCAGCGGCUGGAAUCACAUUCCUUCUACAAUUUGAGUAAAAUGACUCACCUAGAGAUUCGGAAUACCAGAAGCUUAACUUACAUAGACCGCGGCGCCCUAAAAGAGCUCCCCCUUCUAAAGUUCCUUGGCAUUUUCAACACUGGACUUAGAGUAUUCCCAGACCUGACCAAAGUUUAUUCCACUGAUGUAUUCUUCAUACUUGAAAUUACAGACAACCCCUACAUGACUUCGAUCCCUGCGAAUGCUUUUCAGGGCCUGUGCAAUGAAACCUUGACACUGAAACUAUACAACAAUGGCUUUACUUCAAUCCAAGGACAUGCUUUCAAUGGGACAAAGCUGGAUGCUGUAUCUCUGUGGUCCCCCGUGUCCAUGACGGAGCAUACUUUGUGUCUAAGAGCUGCUAGACUGGUUCAGCCAUACUGUUACCUGAACAAGAAUAAAUACCUGACAGCUAUUGACAAAGAUACAUUUGGUGGAGUUUACAGUGGACCAACCUUGCUGGAUGUCUCUCAUACCAGUGUUACUGCCCUGCCACCCAAAGGCCUGGAACACCUGAAGGAAUUGAUAGCAAGAAACACUUGGACUCUAAAGAAACUUCCACUUUCCUUGAGUUUCCUUCAUCUCACACGGGCUGACCUUUCUUAUCCGAGCCACUGCUGUGCUUUUAAGAAUCAGAAGAAAAUCAGAGGAAUCCUUGAGUCUUUAAUGUGUAAUGAGAGCAGUAUUCGGAGCCUGCGUCAGAGAAAAUCUGUGAAAGCUUUAAAUGGUCCCUUCGACCAAGAAUAUGAAGAGGUUCUGGGUGACGGCAGCUCUGGGUACAAGGAAAACUCCAAGUUCCAGGAUACCCACAGCAACUCUCAUUAUUACGUCUUCUUAGAAGAACAAGAGGAUGAGAUCAUUGGUUUUGGCCAAGAGCUCAAAAACCCCCAGGAAGAGACCCUACAGGCCUUUGACAGCCAUUAUGACUACACUGUGUGUGGGGGCAGUGAAGACAUGGUGUGUACCCCCAGGUCGGAUGAGUUCAACCCCUGUGAAGACAUAAUGGGCUACAAAUUCCUGAGAAUCGUGGUGUGGUUUGUUAGUCUGCUGGCUCUCCUGGGCAAUGUCUUUGUCCUGGUCAUCCUCCUCACGAGCCACUACAAACUGACUGUCCCUCGCUUUCUCAUGUGCAACUUGGCCUUCGCAGAUUUCUGCAUGGGGAUGUACCUGCUCCUCAUCGCCUCCGUAGACCUCUACACUCAGUCUGAGUACUACAACCACGCCAUCGACUGGCAGACAGGCCCUGGGUGCAACACAGCUGGUUUCUUCACCGUCUUUGCCAGCGAGUUGUCAGUGUACACACUGACAGUCAUCACCCUGGAGCGCUGGUACGCCAUCACCUUCGCCAUGCGCCUGGACCGCAAGAUCCGCCUCAGGCACGCCUGCGCCAUCAUGGUUGGGGGCUGGAUUUGCUGCUUCUUGCUCGCCCUGCUCCCUUUGGUGGGAAUCAGCAGCUACGCUAAGGUCAGUAUCUGCCUGCCCAUGGACACCGAGACUCCUCUUGCCCUGGCAUAUAUUAUCCUUGUUCUGUUGCUCAACAUAGUUGCCUUUAUCAUCGUCUGCUCCUGUUACGUGAAGAUCUACAUCACAGUCCGGAAUCCCCAGUACAACCCGGGGGACAAAGACACCAAAAUUGCCAAGAGGAUGGCUGUGCUGAUCUUCACUGACUUCAUGUGCAUGGCGCCAAUCUCAUUCUAUGCUCUGUCAGCACUUAUGAACAAGCCUCUCAUCACCGUUACCAACUCCAAAAUCUUGCUGGUUCUCUUCUACCCACUGAACUCCUGUGCCAAUCCAUUCCUCUACGCCAUUUUCACCAAUGCCUUCCAGAGGGAUGUGUUUAUCCUGCUCAGCAAGUUUGGCAUCUGUAAACGUCAGGCUCAGGCAUACCGGGGUCAGAGAAUUUCUGCAAAGAACAGCACCGGUAUUCAGGUUCAAAAGGUUACCCAAGACAUGAGGCAAAGUCUCCCCAACAUGCAGGAAAACUAUGAACUGCUUGAAAACUCCCAUCUAACCCCAAAUAAGCAGGACCAAAUCUCAAGAGUAUAAGCAAACAGUUUUGUAAGUGGUAGGGGGACUUAGGCUGGUUUCUUGAGCAUGCAUUCCAACCACUGACACAACACACAGCUGACCCAACCUGCAGGUAGUGUUCAGCUCUGGAGAGGGACUAGCAUUAACCUAAUCAUUGCCUCCAAGAAGGAAGAGAGGCUACCGACAUGUCUGAAUCCCAGGUGAUAUCAAAGUAAUGUAUACUUUCUGGAAGAGUUGCUGGAUGCUAAGUGCAGUGAUGACAUUGUAUAAAAUGCUUAAUAAAUAUCAACUGAGCCAUGUUGACAUUGAGCUUUCUCACUUUCAUAUGGCAUUUCAUACUAAAGAUUCAGCAAAUGGCAAAUGCUAUUAACUUGGUUGGUGACCACAAGAUAAAACUGGCCCCAUGUUGGUUUAGUUCCACUUCAUGUUCCCUGAUACAACCCAAGAGAAUCUGAGUCCCUAGAAACUGAAAAGUCAAACAGAACAUCAUGCAAGGAACAGCUAUUUUGACACAUGAAGGAGGGGGAAGGUGUAGAUUUGAGUUGUUUUUUCAGUCUCUGAAACUUAAUCAUCUCUUCACAAGAAUCUACCUGAUGUGACCCAACUGUUGCCUGGAAAAACUGGCAAGAUUUCAGCUGUUGUGGCUGAGCAAACUAAGAAUUACUCUUCUUGGCCAGUCUUCUGGCAUUAAAGAUGUGAACUCUAGAAAGGACUUAUAAAUAGUGACAAAUGGGAAUUAUGAGUGGGGCACACUAGAUCUCCCACUGAUUAAUAAAGCAGGCUGGACACUAGUUUACUUUUGGAUCUGGGGCAAAUUACUGGGCCUCUAAAGUCUGUAGAAAUGAAGGAGCUUGAUGGCCUCUUCCAGUUUUAAAACUCCAUGUAUAUCCCUUUCCCUCAAAACAUAGGUUGCCAUGACAAAGAGAAAGAAAAACAAUAAGGAAGCAGAAUCUGUUUUUCCUAUCUUGUAGAGCUGUCAUCUCCUUCUCUUUGGAGCCUAGACAUAUGACCCAGGAAAUUUUUUCUUUGUUUCAUUUUUGGUUAUGAUGUCUGAACCAGAAAUUCUAUUGAGUGACCAUAUUGAGUUGGCUCUGAACCACCCAUCUAAUUAUUAGAUCUACACAGCUAUAAUUAUCAGGCCAAAACCAGAUUGAUAUUCACACAAUAGAAUUAGGGUUAGGGUGGUUUUGCAAAUGCUUGUUAUUUAGAGUUACUACUUCACUGUGCAGGUUCACUUGAAACAUUUAACUUGUCUUCAGGGAUUGGUUUCUUUACCUAGCCUUUUCUGACCCACAAUACAGUACUAAAGAGAGGUUUCUUCUCUCUGAAACAGCCAGCUCUUUCCAACCUUGUUGACCACUGGACAUAAAAUCUUUAUGCUCUAACAGUGCUCCCUGACUUAAUAUGGUCAAGAUUUUUAUCUAUAGAUGUAUUCUCCAGGUUAUCUGUCAAGACAGUCCUUUGAUUUCAUCCCAAAGAGAGAUGGCAUUUGCUUCUCAGUGCUCAUGAACCACACUGUGCAUUAAAACCACAGCAUGAAUUAAAAGCUUGUGUUAGGUCUAUGGAGUGGGGCAAGUGGGCCCAGUGGGUCCCCAGAGAUGGUGACCCUGACUUACCUGGAAUCUCUCAAUAGCCAUACCCAUUCCUGAUUAUCAAUGAGACAUGGAUUAGAUGUCUUAGUAGAAAUAUUACACACACCUAAAAUCAUGACUAAUCCACCAGUUCACUUGUAACUAAUGAAAUUAAACAAAUGUGUUACCUUUGACAUGUAUUUCUCAUCUGUAACAUUUUGAAAUACCACAUCCUGAUAAAUAAUGUGUUUUAUCUUGAGUAGUUGAAAUAAUGCUUUGGAAACAGUCCUAGAAAAGUAACUUCUACAGAAUUGUUGCUAAAAUUUGCAUUUGCAACAUGAAGUAAAUUUUCUUCCUAUGAGAUGACUAUGCUGAGUCCUAAAGUAUUGCUUUUUGUA